AUGGGUUUUGUUGGAGUAAAAGAUUUUUUGACGAUAACACUAGCCACCGAGCAUCCUCAGGUGAUACCAAUCUCUGUGUUCAUCGCCAUUCUCUGCCUCUGUUUGGUUAUUGGCCACUUGCUUGAAGAAAAUCGAUGGGUCAAUGAAUCCAUUACCGCCAUUCUAGUCGGAGCUGUAUCAGGAACGGUUAUCUUGCUAAUUAGUAAAGGAAAAAGUUCUCACAUUUUGGUGUUUGAUGAGGAACUCUUCUUCAUUUACCUUCUUCCUCCAAUCAUUUUCAAUGCUGGAUUCCAGGUCAAGAAAAAGAAGUUUUUUCACAACUUUUUAACAAUCAUGUCGUUUGGUGUGAUUGGAGUUUUCAUCUCCACUGUCAUUAUUUCUUUUGGUACUUGGUGGAUUUUUCCCAAGUUGGGAUUUAAGGGACUGAGUGCUCGAGACUAUCUUGCCAUCGGAACGAUUUUCUCUUCAACUGACACUGUUUGCACCCUACAGAUUCUCCAUCAAGAUGAAACUCCAUUGCUAUACAGCUUAGUCUUUGGAGAAGGAGUAGUGAAUGAUGCAACCUCUGUUGUACUGUUCAACGCCGUGCAAAAGAUUCAUUUUGAAAGCCUCAACGGUUGGACGGCUCUCACUAUAUUCGGAAACUUUUUGUACCUUUUCUUUACAAGCACAAUCCUCGGAAUUGCUGUGGGGCUAGUAACAUCUUUUGUCCUUAAAACCUUGUAUUUUGGAAGGCAUGUAUUUGCGAUGAUGUCCUUCAUUGCGGAGACGUUCAUAUUUCUGUAUGUUGGAACAGAUGCUCUUGACUUUACCAAGUGGAAGACAAGCAGCUUAAGCUUUGGUGGUACUUUAGGUGUCUCUAGCGUCAUAACCGGAUUAGUGUUGCUUGGACGAGCAGCGUUUGUGUUUCCACUCUCUGUCUUGACAAAUUUCAUGAAUAGACACACUGAAAGAAGCGAGUCUAUCACAUUUAAGCACCAGGUGAUUAUUUGGUGGGCGGGUCUUAUGCGAGGUGCUGUCUCAAUUGCUUUGGCUUUCAAGCAGUUUACGUACUCUGGUGUUACAUUGGAUCCUUUGAAUGCUGCCAUGGUCACCAACACCAUUAUCGUUGUCCUCUUUAGUACACUGGUAUUUGGUUUCUUGACAAAGCCACUUGUGAACUAUCUGCUUCCUCAUGAUGAAAGUCACGACAACAACGUGGACAAAGGUAAAGCCGCUGCUGCGCCUGGUUCGCCGAAGGAAGAUGCGACGCUUCCUCUGCUCUCCUUUGACGAGUCUGCUUCCACAAACUUCAACAGAGCUAAAGAUAGUAUCUCCCUUCUCAUGGAACAACCUGUUUACACUAUCCACCGCUACUGGAGAAAGUUUGACGACACGUACAUGAGGCCUAUCUUCGGUGGACCUGGUCGUGAACAUCAACCACAAUGCUAG